GCGACAUUACAGCUGAGAACUGCAGUAAUGUGAGACUCAAUUUCCCGUGUGACGGAAAUAAAUUUGAAGACUGCAUACAAGUAAAAAUGUGUGGAAGAUACGCUCUCGCGCUGCGGCCGUCGCAGGUGCGCCGAAUGCUCCAGGACGACGACAUGCCAGUCUGGGACGCCCCGGCCGACGAGGGCGACGACGCCCCUCGUCAGAGCUACAACUUCGCCCCCGGGUACCACGGCAUCGUCUACCGCGCAGACGUGCCCGACUGGGGCGCCGGUCCGCGCCGCGAGGCCAAGUCCAGCAAGGGCGCCACGGCCACAGCAGCCGAGACCACCACCGCCGCGCAGGAGGAUGAGCCUGCCGGGGCCCAGGCCGAGGGCGAGGGCGAGGGGGAGGGGGAGGAGACGCACUACAAGCUCCAGUCGAUGAAGUGGGGCCUCAUCCCCUUCUGGACGAGGCGGAACCCGGACUAUGGCUCGGUGAUGAAGACGAUCAACUGCCGCGACGACUCGCUCGCGCAGGCGGGCGGGAUGUGGGGCUCCAUGAAGGGCCGCAAGAGGUGUGUCGUCGUCGCGCAGGGGUUCUACGAGUGGCUCAAGAGCGGCAGGGACAAGAUGCCGCACUUUGUGAGGCGCAAGGACGGGCGGCUGAUGUGCUUCGCUGGGCUCUGGGACUGUGUUCAGUAUGAAGAUGAUGACCAGAAGCACUACACAUACACCAUCAUCACGACCGACUCGAACAAGCAGCUCAAGUUCCUUCACGACCGCAUGCCGGUCAUCCUGGAUCCUGCCUCGGACAACAUGAAGACGUGGCUCGACCCCCAGCGUUACGAAUGGUCAAAGGGCCUCCAGGACUGUCUCAAGCCGUUCGACGGGGAGCUGGAAUGCUACCCGGUCAGCAAGGAGGUGGGCAAAGUCGGCAACAAUUCUCCCACGUUCAUCAUCCCCAUCGCGAGUAGGGAGAACAAGAACAACAUCGCAAACUUCUUCGCCAAUGCCAAGCCGAAGAAGGGGGCAUCCACAGCCGACGUGGAGGUUAAGAAGGAGGAGGGGCGGCGAGGGGGGCCCCGUCACUGCCUCGCCGACAAAGGUCAAAACAUCUCCCUCGCCGUCCCCGGGUAA